AUGUUAUUUUUUUAUAUUAACAAAUUAACAACUUAUCUAACGUUCUUAAUAUUCCUCACAGCUAUAAUUGGUGACUAUGUAGUAAGCUACAGUAAACUUCACGUGUUUCAAGCAUUAUUUGACAAUACCACUCACUUUUUAAUAGGGGGCCUCUCUUGGUUGAUUGUAUGUUUAAAUUCAAAGGAUGUCAGCCACACUGAAAAAAUAAUAGAAGUAGUGAUAUGCAGUUUAAUAUCUUCUCUAAUUGAUAUAGAUCAUUUUAUUGAAGCACGUUCCAUAAAUCUAAAGAAUGCAACAAAAUUGAAACACAGACCAUUUCUUCAUUGUUCGACAUUUCCUUUAGCUUUUUGCAUAUUAUUGUUCCUAACAGGACAUGUUUUGGACAAUUAUGCCUUGAAGAGAAAUGGUUUAUUACUCUUUACUGCUUUUGGAAGCCAUCACACAAGAGAUGCUACUAGACGUGGAUAUUGGUUCUAUCCAUUUGGUUCUACAGUACCUCUACCAUAUAUAAUGUACAUUGGGAUUAGUUGUGUCUUGCCACAUACUGUCAUGUAUGUGCAUAGAUAUUUUAACGGACUUAAAAAUACCAGUAGACCUGUGAUACAUAUUUAGGAUUAAGGAGUAGGUAUAUUUUAAAAAGUGAUAUUGCCUAUGAUUAGGCAUUUUUGUUUAGUUAUGUUAUAAGUAUAUAUACAUAUCCACUCAGUUAUCAGUUUUUGCUUUAAUUUGAUUAUGUGAUACUAAGUUAAACAGUGCUAGUUUUCAUAUCAAAAGUUGCAGGUGCACUUUUUAUGCGAACUGGAACAUUUUUUCAAUUUCGUUUCACUGUACCACAAAAACCAGUGUUUUUUCCAUGCAACUACUUACUCGAUUUUAUUCCAGUACCAAUUAUCUGUAUACAUAUGUACUCAUUCAUAUUGUGCAAAGGUAUUUUGUCAAGAUUAUUUUCAUUAGGUACCUAUAUCGUAAUAAAAAGUUUUAUAAUCCCAGCUCAACAUAAAGCAUUUCAAAAUAUAUCCUAAUAUAGCUUUGUUUUUACUAAUAGUAAGAAAUAGGUAGGUACAUACGUAGACGUACCUACUUUUUAUUACAUCAAAAUUUAGAGAUUUUAAGUUAUUUAAAGCAUAUUUUUGUUAUUAUUUUUAAUAAAAUUUUCUUUAUAAUCAUUUGAA